GUUCCCGCAGAGCCCUCCGCGGACCUGCUGGUGAACCUGAGCCGCUGCCGGCGCCUCAUCGUGGUGCUGUCGGACGCCUUCCUGGGCCGGGCCUGGUGCAGCCACAGCUUCCGGGAGGGCCUGUGCCGGCUGCUGGAGCUCACGCGCAGACCCAUCUUCAUCACCUUCGAGGGUCAGAGGCGCGACCCCGUGCACCCCGCGCUCCACCUGCUGCGCCAGCACUGCCACCCGGCGACCCUGCUGCUCUGGAGGCCCGGCUCCGUGGCGCCUUCUUCAGAUUUUUGGAAAGAGCUGCAGCUGGCGCUGCCACGGAAGGUGCGGUACAGAGCAAUGGAGGGAGACCCCCAGACCCGGCUGCAGGAUGACAAAGACCCCAUGCUUAUUGUACAAGGCCACGUCCCAGAGGGUCGGACUCUGAACCUGCAGCUGGACCCCGACCCGGAGGGGGACCUGGGUGUCCGAGGGCCAGUCUUUGGGGAGCCGUUAGCUCCACUGCAUGCAAGUGGGGUCUCUCUUGGAGAGGGCCGGGGCAGCGAGGUAGAUGUCUCCGACCUCGGCUCCCGCAACUACAGCGCCCGCACGGACUUCUACUGCCUGGUGUCGGAGGAUGACGUGUAGCCCCCACCCGCCAGAACAGCAAGAUCUCCAAGGACAGCUGGGUGCAGGGUGGGGUGGGGUCUUUCUCCUCUUAGCAGGACUACCAGCCCUGAGACCCUCAGGGAAGGGGAGUUGCUCCAGUGUGCCUCCUACUGCCAGGAAAUAAAGUCCUUUUAGAUCCUG